AUGUGUGAAUCGGUUCACUUUGUCAUGUGGUUAAGACCCACACUAAAUGGGAGCCUUGAUGGCAUGAUCCAAGAGGCCCUGCGAAUUAAACUAGUUGCUCUAAAAGGUAGAUGUUGCAAAGUGGUUAAAUGGCAUAAACCUCCAUCGGGGUGGUUCAAGUUGAACACGGAUGACAGUAGUCUUGGUAACUCGGGCUCUUGUGGCAUUGGUGUUGUUAUUCGCAAUAAUCUAGGUCGGCUAGCUCAAGCUUUUGCCUCUCCAAUUGGUUUCAGCUCUAACAAUAAAGCGGAGCUUCUUGUGCUCCUUAAAGAACUGAGGCUUUGUAAAUCACUUAACAUUUCAAAUGUGAUAGUGGAGAUGGAUUCGAUGAUGAUUAUUUCUUGGUGGAUUAGAGGGCAUUAUGGUGUUUGGUACUUGGAGGAUCAUUGGGAGGAGCUUGUUGGAUUGACUCGUAUUAUUAAUUGUCAUUUUCAGCAUGUUUUCCGAUAA